UCACAAUAAAGCUUUAGAACUCAUUAAUGGAGGGAUUAAUUGUUGCUCAGCAAAUUAUGUUCCACUCUCUCCAAUAAGCUUUUUGGAGAGAUCAGCACUUGUUUAUGGAGAUCAAACUUCUGUUGUUUAUGGAAAUGUUAAGUAUACUUGGAGAGAAACUCUUAUUAGGUGUACUAAACUUGCUUCUGCUCUCACCCAAUUGUCUAUCUCUUAUGGCGAUGUUGUUGCUGCUUUUCUCCCCAACACUCCAGCAAUGUAUGAGUUGCACUUUGCUGUUCCAAUGGCCGGAGCAGUCCUUUGCUCUUUGAAUAUCCGUCAUGAUUCUGCAAUGCUGUCUGUCUUGCUAAAACAUUCUAAGGCAAAACUCAUCUUUGUAGAUUAUCAGUUUUUGGAUACUGUACGCGGAGCAUUGGAAAACAUGUCCAAGUCAGGCUCUAGCCUUCCUGACAUUGUCUUAGUUCUCGAUGAACAGUUGAUGUCAGUUGGAAUUGACAUGCUUCAAAAUACAACCAUUGAUUACGAGAAUCUUGUACAGGCUGGAGAUCCUGAAUUUGAGAUCCGAAAGCCAAAAGAUGAAUGGGAUCCAAUUGCAUUGAAUUAUACUUCUGGGACAACUUCAAGUCCUAAAGGCGUUGUUUACAGCCACAGAGGUGCAUAUCUGAACUCCUUGGCUACAGUUCUCGUGAAUGAAAUGCUUACGAGGCCUGUCUUUUUGUGGACUGUCCCUAUGUUUCACUGCAAUGGCUGGUGCUUUACAUGGGGUAUAGCAGCUCAAGGUGGUGUAAACGUCUGCCUGCGCAAUGUUGUUGCAAAGGAUAUAUUCAGUAGUAUUGUUGAGUUUAAAGUUACUCACAUGGGUGGUGCACCAACAGUUCUUAACAUGAUCAUAAAUUCUCCUGAUGGCGAUAAGAAGCCUCUUCCAGGAAAGGUGGUAGCGAUAACAGGUGGUGCUCCACCAGCCCCACAAGUACUCUUCAAAAUGGAGGAGAUUGGGUUUGCAGUAACACACGGAUAUGGGUUGACAGAAGCCUACGGCCUUGCUACAGUUUGUGUUUGGAAGCCUGAGUGGGAUGCUUUGCCUCCGAAUGAAAGGGCAAAGAUUAAGGCGCGGCAAGGAGUGCUCCAUCUUGGGCUUGAGGAAGUGGAUGUAAAAGAUCCUAUGACUAUGAAAAGUGUGCCUGCUGAUGCAAAGACAAUGGGCGAGGUUAUGCUUAGAGGAAACACCAUCAUGAAUGGGUACUUGAGCGAUGAGAAGGCUACUCAGGAGGCUUUUGAGAAUGGAUGGUAUCAUAGCGGAGACUUAGCUGUCAAAUACCCUGAUGGCUAUAUUCAGAUUAAAGACCGAGCAAAGGACAUAAUAAUAUCUGGGGGAGAGAAUAUAAGCUCAAUUGAGGUAGAAGAUGUAAUAUCUAGUCAUCCUGCUGUUCUAGAAGUUGCUGUUGUUGCUCGUCCUGAUGAUCACUGGGGGGAGACACCCUGCGCGUUUGUAAAGCUGAAGGAUGGGUGUAAUGAUGUUACCUCUGCAGAUAUAAUUAAGUUUUGUAGAGAUCGCUUGCCUCAUUAUAUGGCUCCUCGGACAGUUGUUUUUGAGGAUCUGCAGCGCACAAUAACUGGCAAGGCACAAAAAUACAUACUCAGGGAGAAAGCAAGAGCCAUGGGAAGUCUAACAAAAACCAGUAAACUUUAAGUUAUGAUGGCCUUAUUUCUUGUCAUAUUUAUAUCGUUCCUCAUGCUAUCUGCAAAAUGAUACUGAACUUAUGCUAGCAGUACCAGAGUCGAUUCAUAUUCAUCCACCCCUUUUUCUAUCAGAAGCAUUUCAGAUUCUAACAGUUCAAAACUUCAAAUGCUUCUCUGGAAACAUGGAUUAAGACUUUGAAGCUUUCAUAUCCUUUAUUUAUACAAAACCUCCCGUGAUCGUUCCUCGUAUGUUUUAAUAUAUGUGAGUGUGACUGUGAGUUCAUUCAAGAACAUUUAACCUCACUCACCAAGUUACCAUGUGAUCUGUUGUAUUAUUUCUGAUUUCAUGAUAUAGAGUGUUUGUUCAGCAAUGAAGUUGUGAAUAAAUUGUGCAUCAAUUUUUAGUACUUAUCAAUGACUUGUUGCAUUCCACAAGUUUGUGGUUUUAUUGAUGUCCAUUUUUUCCAUUAAAUAAUAUUUACAA